CACCUCCCUCUGUAACCGCCUUUUAAAACCCUCGCUCCGCCGCCCCUCACAUUCUCUUCUUCUCUGAUCCGAUCUCUCUCUCUCUGCGCUUCUCUUCCCCGAUCCACACAAGAGAGAGUGCUGCAGAGAGAGACAUUGAAAAUUUGAAAUCGAUCAAUCAUGGGUCCCAAAAACUCUUUCGGAUUCGGAAUUGUGGCCAUGAUCGCCGCUCUCAUUUUCGCCCUUUCUGUCCCUGCCGCCGUCAAUGCUCAGACUCCGGCACCUGCACCUGCUCCUACCAGUGACGGGUCGGCUGUUGAUCAAGGUGUUGCAUAUGUGUUGAUGUUGUUGGCUCUGGUACUCACAUACCUUAUCCACUCGGCUGACAUUUCCUCCAGCUUUUGAAUUUCAAGCAAUGAAGGAUGUCGGUUUUGUUUUUUAUGACUUAGAUUAACAUGUUUCGUGCAAGCAGGGGGGAAUGUGAUUAUGAUAUGAAACUGAUUGAGAUUGUGCAGAGGUUUCAUGUUUUUUUUCCAGGGUUGAAUGGGAUUUGUGCAAUUUAGUGCUUUGUGGUAGCAAUGUCACAUUCAUUUGAGUGACAGACCUAGAUAUUAUUGUCUAUGUUUUCGCUAUUAUUAAUGUAAGGAUAAUCUUGCUUCUGCCA